CUCUACAUUCUACCGUUACUUCUUUUAGGUUCUUCAACGUUUUCUGUUAAUGGAUCAAGAAAUCAUCAACAGGACAGCUUGCAUGACAUUAUGCUCAAUGAAGCGAUUUUAGACGCUUUGGUGAACCCUACAUUGGGAAUUCAAGACGAUCGAAAACUUUUGUCAAGUAUUCUGGAGGCUGUCGUGAUUCCCGAAAGAGACGUUAGUUUCCUGCUAUUCACCAAAGUUAAUUUCGAUAAACCAUUUCUAAUGAAGUUGGGGGACUCCGAAAAUUUGCAAAACUCUUCUUUUAACGCUUUGCAUCCAACCAAAAUUAUCAUUCAUGGCUGGACCGAUAGUUCACAGACAUCCUGGCUACAAGAAAUGCGCAAAAACUAUCUCAACGUCGGUGACUACAACGUUAUUUGUAUAAACUGGUUCGCUGGAUCAGCCAAAGAGUAUCUAGCAGCAGCAAAGAUAACUCGACAAGUUGGUGAGUACUUGGCCAAAUUUCUGGAGUUUCUUCGAAUGAAGGGAAACCUCGCCCUAAACGACGUUCACAUCUUAGGACAUAGCCUGGGAGCUCACGUUGCUGGCUUCACUGGUGCUUAUAUGUCAGGAAAAAUUGGAAGGAUUACUGGAAUGGACCCAGCAAGACCUGGAUUUGAGACACCCAGACUUAAUGAUCCCAAGAAUCGGCUGGAUGCGUCUGCUGCGAAAUUCGUCGAUGUUAUUCACACUUGUGCUGGCACCAUUGGAUUUGUAAAACCUAUAGGUCACGCUGACUUCUACCCUAAUGGAGGGACGUUCAGACAACCAGGUUGUCCUAUUUUGAUGACACAAUAUUGCAGUCAUGGAAGAUCUAAUCAGCUCAUAAGCGAAUCCAUCCUGAAUCCAGACGCCUUCAUUGCCGUUUUUUGUGACAGCUGGAAGAAUUUUAAAUCUGGAAAAUGCAUUACAAAAACUCAAUUUGCAUUCAUGGGCGAUAAAGUAAGUUACGGUACUCGUGGAACUUAUUUCCUGGAAACCAAUUCUGAAUCGCCCUUCGGUAGAGGAACCACAAUCGUUGGUGCAACUAGGGGAAGACCUGUAAAAAUAAAGUAUCAAAUUUGUGCAAAAUUCAAAAUGGACGACUCUGAAGGUUUUUACGUUUUUCUGAUUGUUCCUAGACUUAACAAAGAAUGUAUUAUUGGAGUCCACUUAAUGAAAAGAUUAAAAAGUAAAAUCGAUUUUCAUGAUAAUAUUAUAUUAGAAGAAGAUAUGAAUAGAAUUUGCACUAUAAUGGAUGCGGAAAAUUUCGUAAAAGAAAGAUACAUAUAA